AUGCCCAAUCCUGAGAUCUCGGUCCGAUCAUCAGACCCAGAGACCUUUGCGCGUCUCUUCCCGUCAAUGGACCGCCUGUCCAUUCGCCAUGACGACCGAACUGCCGAUGGUAACAUGAACCUCCGUGUCGAUGCCAUUGUACCGGAUGUGUCAUCGCGCCGUCGCCGUGCUGUCGCCAUCCAGCUCUUCCACCUCCGCAUGCACGACCUUGCUAAGCGAGAGUUUUCGCUGAGACGGUACUGCCGCGACUCUGGCCGCGAGGUAUGCAACUCCAAGGGCGCCAACCCCCGCCUUGAGCGCCCGACAGCAUCGUCCUCUUCCCUCUCAAAAUCCGUCACCAGUGCUUUGCGCUCGGUCAAGACCUCCUUCCGACGAUCCAGCGGCGCCUCUGCCGAAAAGGCCGCUGCCUUGUCUGCGUCUACUACUCCGGACCCUCGUCGUCCUUCCUUUGGCAGCAACAACACCUCUUGGGGCUGCGGUGGCUCCAUCUACUCCGAAGAAGCAGCAAGCUCCGACUCUGAUGAGCCCAAGCUCCCCUCGGCGCGGCCCAUCCCGCUCAACACUCUCAAGCUCGAGUUUAGCAACUACGCUCGCGUCGACAUCAUGCGUCGCCUAGGCAAGCAAUACGACUUCCAAUGGUGGGGACACAACUACGCUUGGCGCCGAGUGAUGGACAAGGCUCUUGGCAAGACUGCCUUCCAUCUGAUUCGCGACAAGGAAAUUGAGCCGGUGGCCAUUAUUCUGCCUGAAGGCCGCAGCCCGACCCAGGUCGAGGCUGACCAGGCUGCAGGCAACUGGAUUCCCCAGUGCUACAUGUGGAUCAACGACAAGUCCAUCAUCGAGGCCUUGACUGACGUAGCCGAUGUCAUCAUCGCUACCGGUCUCAUGGCCCUUGUCGAUGACUCCAUCCUUAGCCGCUGGCCACCAGCGAAAAAGGCCGGCACUUACAGCCGCCCGGUCACUCCAGCUCGGCCCCACACCGCACCAGGUGCUGCUACGACAGCCACUGCCGCUGUUGGUAACGCCACUACCGUUAACAAUCACACCGUUUCAGUGUCUCAGCCACGGACCAAGAUGCUUGUACACGGGCUGCUGAAUAAGGCCCAGACAUUCAGCCCCCUGCGACUCAGAGGACAUACUGUGCUCGCUUAUUAGACUGCUUUUAUGGCACAACGACAUCGACAGAUUUCUCAUAUUUUCUCAUAUAUCAUGCAUUCUAAAACGCAGAAAACACCAUGUCCUUGGAAAACAAAAGACAUUUUACACGACUAUUCAGAAACUGAGAAAAACAGCAACACACGAACACAGCACCAUAACAUAAACAAUGAAUUACGAAACAUUAAAGAAAAUCGAGGAAACGCAUCUUGUUUUGUUUCGAUCUCUACACUUACACUCAUUUGACCUCUCUUUUGUUCUACUGUUCCCUUUGUUAUAAAGAUCAUAUGAAUUAUACGGCCGGAAAGAUAAAAAGGAUUUUACGAAAUUUUACAUGAGCGAGCGUCUGCCAUUUUCCUGUUUUGAGUUGAAUUUUUGAUGUUUUUUACUUUUCUUUCUUCUUUCUACUUUGUUUUUUUUUUUACUGAAGCGCAACCUUCAUGAUGAGCGAAUAGAAAAUUUGGGAUAUUGCAUAUAUGCAUGGGAAAGGGACUAUAUAACGGAUACAUAUACAUACACACAUACAUUGGCGCCUGGGACUGCUUUUUUUCCACCUUUUUUUUUUCUUUUUCCUUGUUUUUCUUCUAAUCACAGCCUUUGGGAUUCUUUUUUCUUUUAAGCGCCAAAAAAGAUUGAUGCGCGAAAUGGACAUGAUGGGAUAUUAUAGAUACGAGUUGAUAUGACAGCAUAGGAUAUAGGAAACGAGUAUAUGAACAGGGAAAAGUAUAUAUAGAUAGAUUUGGGCUGGGGUGUUUUAGAAUCCCUAAAUUGACAAUGAAAUCAUUGGAUUCUUAAUUUAUACAUGGCUCUCAUCUUUCUCAUUUAAGUGAAUGUUAAUGAUAUCUAUUAUGACAAAUGCUGUUUUAUAGAAAGAACAAAAUGAGGCCAAAGCUUUGUCUCAACGCCAUUUACAUAC